AUGGAGAUUCCUGCCCACAUCCUCGACGCCGUUCACGCUUCCAACGACAUCAACCGCGCUCCCUCCGCCAAAUCUUCACCACGAAAAGUUGCGAGUCGGUCACGAUUCACAAAGUCGCGCAGUGCGCGCUCUUCCGCCGACGACAUUUCUUCUCUCUCCAGUGCCUCUGAGCCGGAACAUGGUUACCAGACCGACUUCACAUCGCUACCUUCAGAUUCCUGUCCCGAAGACAUGCAGCCCGACGAUGUGGAAGACUUUAAAGAUCGCGAGUAUCCCCAGUUGAAGGGCAAGACCUAUCUGGACCAUGGCGGGACUACGAUCUAUGCGAAAUCCAUGAUUGAAGAGUUCGCUACUGAUAUGGUCUCGAACCUCUACGGCAAUCCUCACUCUGCGUCUACACCUUCUGCGAUCUCAGGACACCGCGUAGACGCCAUCCGCGAACGCGCGCUUCGAUUCUUUGGCGCGGAUCCCGACGAGUUCGACCUCGUCUUCACUAUGAAUGCGACAGCGUCCAUCAAGAUGGUCAUCGACUGCUUCAAGGACUAUGCGGCAACGACGAACACGCCGGUGUGGUACGGGUAUCACAAGGACGCACACACCUCGCUAGUGGGCGCAAGAGAGUUGACCAAGAUGCACCGAUGUUUUGCGAGCGACGAAGAGGUGGAUCUCUGGAUCAACAGCGGUGGCUUUGGCGGUCCGAGGGCAAGACAGCUGGGCUUGUUCGCGUAUCCUGGACAGUCGAACAUGACCGGGCGGCGGCUGCCGCUGAGUUGGUGUGGUCGGAUCCGGAAGUCGUUCCACAAGGCUGCGACGUACACACUGUUGGACGCAGCUGCGCUUGCGAGCACGGCGCCUCUGGAUUUCUCCGAUGCUGCAAACGCACCGGAUUUCACUGCCCUGUCGUUCUACAAGAUCUUUGGGUUCCCCAACAUCGGCGCCCUGAUUGUUCGGAAAGCUUCGGACCACGUUCUGGGGAGUCGUAAGUUCUUCGGUGGCGGGACCGUCGACAUGAUCAUAGCCAUUCAGGACACCUGGCACGCGAAGAAGGAAGGUGCUGUGCACAACCGUCUGGAGGAUGGGACGUUACCGUUCCAUUCGAUCUUUGCUCUGGACCACGCGAUGACGUGUCACGAGCGACUGUACGGCCCCAAUCCGAUGAAGUUCAUCUCGCAUCACACCGCGCAGCUCGGGAAGAUGGUCUGGGAUGGGCUGAGCUCGCUCAAACAUUCAAACGGCAAGCCCGUCGCCGUCUGCUACAAGGAUGACGUUGCCGUCUAUGGCGAUCCUUCAGUUCAAGGUGCUACGGUCGCUUUCAACAUCAUCAGAUCUGAUGACACGAUGGUUGGCUACGAGCAGGUCGAGGAGGCAGCAGACGAACGCCAGAUCUACGUGCGCAGCGGAUCUCUCUGCAACCCUGGUGGCAUGGCGUCGUACCUGGGCUGGUCACCGAUGGAGAUGCGAGCAGCCUACGCAGCAGGCCAUCGCUGUACUCACCCAACCCAGCUCAUGUUCGGGAGGCCCACUGGCGUGGUUCGCGUCAGCCUGGGCGCCAUGAGCACAGAGACAGAUGUGCAAACAUUCCUGGCCUUCGUCGAGGACGUCUACGUGGACAACAAGGGCGGCGGCCAGCCACGCGCCGCCGUUGCACAAGCCUUGCAAAAGGCACGCACCGUGCAAACAUCUAAUUCUCUUCGCCCAACAUCCCCCAACGCCCCUGCAUCACCCAGCCACAUGCCUGUGCACGUUCCUCCCGCACCACCACACUCCUUCCAACACCCGGACGGCUCUCCACUCGCCCAACAGCCCGAAUCAGACCCGGAACGUCCCCGCUGGGUGCCAGCCGACUACAUCAAAUACCGCAAGCCCUGGGAAGAGGAGAUGCGCAAAGCACAGUACUCCAACCCGCCGACCGUGGGCAUGGAGAUCAAAGUCCGCGAACUCGACGACGCCUCUUCCCGCAACAACCCGACUCCAAGCGUGAAAGCGCGCAAAUUCGGCCGCAGCAUGGUCAACUUGUUACGAACCAAACAACAUGCCCAAGACGGCUCAGGAGGAGGCGCUGGCGCCGGCGGCGGUAACGGAAACGGAAACGCCAGCCACCACGCUCGGUACGUGCCACCACCAAUACCACAACAACCCUCGCAACGUUCUUUGUUCGACAGCAGCAAGAACAGCAACCCUUGA